AUGCGCGCGAAAAACAAUUUCGAGAAAAAUUUGUACAAAUUGAUGAACAACGCGGUAUUCGGUAAAACUAUGGAAAACGUGCGCAACCACGUCGAUGUAAAAUUAUUGACAAAGUUGGACGGACGAUACGGCGCGGAAGCGAUGAUCGCGAAACCAAAUUUUCACAGCAAGAGCGUCUUUUCGGAAAAUCUGGUCGCCGUUGAACUGCGCAAACUGGUGAAAUUCGAUAAAUCGAUUUACGUCGACGGUUUGAUUUAUCACAUCGAGUGCGAGGAUGUGUACGAGAACAUGAAACGCGAUAUCGUGAGAUUCGACACAAGCGAUUAUCCGACUAACAACGCGUACGGUAUACUGUUCGAGAACAAGAAGGUGCAGGGCUUGAUGAAGGACGAGAAUAACGGUGCCAUCAUGACCGAAUUCGUCGGACUCAGAGCGAAGAUGUACACGUUGAGGGUAGAUGGUAGAGAGGACGCUAAAAGAGCAAAAGGCGUCAAGCGUAACAUCGUAGCGCGUACCAUAACGUUCGACGAUUACACGCGAUGUCUGCGCGAUGAAAUUGAAAUGAUUCGACAGCAGUCAUGCAUAAGAUCAAAAUUGCACGAAGUGUACACUAUCCGCGAGACAAAAAUUGCCCUGAGUCCCUACGACGACAAGCGGUACGUCGUACCCGAAACCACCGACACGCUACCGUGGGGAUAUUACCGGAUACCCUUAUAA